UGUCGAAAACUAUGAGUCUAUGGGUGGGACGCAGUGUCGGGUAAGGUGGGAAGUAAACUUAAUAGCUUCCUAUUCCUAAUGCCAUUUUGGUUUGGAAAAAAUUGUGAAAAAGAAAGAGAGAGAGAGAGAGAGAGAGAGCAGCUGAGUGGCGGAGUACGUUGAAGAGGUCUUUUUUCCUUGCUUCGAGUAUUCAAAGUCUUGUUGUACAAAAGCCUCCUUCUUUUUCUCUCUCCCUUGGAAUCAUUAUUCACUAACCCUAAAAGCCUUGUUCUUGAACUUCAAUUACUGGGUUUUCUCUCUAUUUGUUCUACUUUUUCUUCUCUCAACUUCAUCCCGCGUCUGAAGACCGAAUGGAUAAGACCCUUUUUCUGCGUCUACGUCUGAGGAACAACAUGUGGUAGUUUCUCAAAGAUCGAGGCCAAUCCAUUCCCGUAUCAUCCUUUUCUGGUUUCAAAUGGAUGCAGACUCACCAAGAAUCUCAGAACAGUUGCCUCGAUCCACUGCCCAUGGCCAUGAGGAUAGUGGUUUAGUUGUUGACCGUUCUGUCCAUCCAGCAGCAUGUACUUUCUGUCGAAGAAUCAUUUCUCCUGAAAACGAGCCAAGUGGUGAUCUGGAAACUACUGGUUUAUGUGGAGACUGUAAAUUUUUAUUUCUUGAAGAUCAUGGGACUCCUAUGCAAGACUCAUAUCAGUAUAGGACACCACGAGGAAGAAGAACCAGGUACAGCAGUUCCGAGUCUGUUGAAAAUCUCUUCUCACAAGAAUUUUCGCAUAUGAUUAAUUUGGCAAGGCAAAAUCAAUCAACUGCUGGUUAUGAAGAUCAACCUCUAGAUGGUGACGCUGCGACUAUGUUAUUGCAGCGCUCAAGUUCCCGUUCUACUCCAAGUGGAUCUAGAAGAUGGCAGCGAGUACUCUCUGACACCGACAGUGAUGGUUUUGAUCAUCAGGAUUCUUUUUAUGGAGAAAGUGAAUCCAAUGUUAGUUUUGGUCAGUAUGGGGUUUUUCAUGGUGAAAGUGAUGCCAUUUCUUUUAGUGCCUAUGGAGGGGACUCUGAUGCUUCUGUAGAAGGACAUAGUUUCCUGGACCCAGAAAUAUUUGUUCAACCGAUUGAGGGGAGCAUUUUUGAUAGUGAUACUGAUAUAGAUCCAAUGCAUGCCGGCCUCAGCCAAUGGGACUCGGAAGAAGAAGAAGAAGAAGAAGAAGAAGAUGGUGAGUGGGAAGAAGCCGAUGCUGAGGAAGACGUGGUUCAAUCUGUGGAAGCAGGAGGUCGACUUCAAAAUCUUUUCAGUUCUGAUGAUACAAUUAGUUUGGGACUCAGGGAAGGUAGACAGACGUUUUUUCGUACUAUCUUUUCUAACUUGGAGGAAGUAGAGUUACUGCCUUAUGUCAGGAAUUCUGGGGAUUAUCUUGAUGCAAGAGGCUUUGAAGAACUGCUUGCACGUCUUGCUGAGACUGACAGCUCGAGACGAGGAGCACCUCCUGCAGCCAUGUCUUUUGUGAAUAGUCUGCCUCGUGUGGUCAUUAAUGAGCAACAUGAGAAGCAUGAAGGCUUGGCAUGUGCAAUAUGCAAGGAAGUGUUACACAUUGGCACUGAAGUAAAUGAGCUUCCAUGCUUUCACCUCUAUCACCCUUCCUGCAUCAUGCCAUGGUUGAGCACACGAAAUUCAUGCCCCCUUUGUCGGUACGAGCUUCCUACGGAUGACAAAGAUUAUGAGGAGGAGAAGAUGAUCCACAACGGUAUCAUGGAAAUCCAUGAAAUCCAGCGGGAAAAUUUCAGUGAGGACAGUUCCUCUGAUGUCUUUGAUGGAGCAGAUGAAGAAUGUGAAUUUAAUCAAGCGAGAACAGAGCAACGAGGGCUGUUAGAUGUGGACCCUCCUAUUAAUAUCUCUGGCAGAGAGGAGGGUGGUAGAGGGAGAUGGCUUUUUCUUGCUGCUGCUCCAAUUGUCGGUCUCAUGGGAAUUGUGCUUGUCUGGUGGUUGGGCAAUCCUCUAAUUCAGGGAAGAGGACCAACAAGCCAGUGCAGCUUCACUGAACAAGGCCAUCGUCAAAGCAUUUCUGCCCCCUCACCCAGCCAAAGGGAGAAUAGAAGCAGGAGAUGGUGGUCACUUUUCUAGGCAAUUAUUGGGAUAUCUGGUAAAUGCAUCAGUCGAUGAUGGGUUGUUUUGAUGGUUUCCGCACCUGGUGGUUUGUGCUUUUGACCUGAAAGAGAUGAGAUAUUCAGGGUUUGUGCUUUACUUUUCCACCACUGCAUGUACAUGGCAGACUUUUAGCUUGGUUUGACAAUUCUUCAAGUAUCACUUUACAGGCUAGUUGGCUGUGGCUUUCCCUGCACAAUGGUAGCAAAAGUAAGGUGAAUUGCUUCAACUUUCUAAUGGUGUACCCUGUACAGCUCCUCCAUCUUCCACACCCCCCCACCCCACCCAACACACACACCUCCUGGUACCAAACGAUUGAGAUUUGAUGUUUAUGUAAUUGCUGCUGUUUGCAAAGCCAAAAUAUUGUCCGCUCCUUCCCACCCACCUUGCACUCUAUCAAUUUACCAACUUCUUCCUGCU